CGCUUCCUCCAAAAAGUGAUACAAAACUCAGAAAGCAUCCGUCAGAAAUCGUUCGUUACAAAUUGUCGAACAACGGAACAAGUUGUAUUACUUAAAGUGCCUGCAUUAUUAAUCCAGCCUCGUUAGUAUUACUAAGUUGAUUGAAUUUCACUUCUAACACCAAGUGUAUCUACAUUUCCUGCCAAGAGUCUCUCCGAAAUGGCUACAAGUACUCAAAAUGCCAUUACCCUCAAAGGAUCUGCUGCCAUAAUAACGGAAUAUCUGAAUUAUGGCAUCAAUUCAAUCUUGUUUCAACGAGGUAUCUAUCCGCCGGAGCAGUUCACCAGUGUGCAGCAGUACGGUCUCACAAUCCUGAUGUCGAAGGACGACAAGAUCAUCGCAUUCCUGCAGAAUGUUCUCUGCCAGGUACAGGACUGGCUGUCUCGGAACGAAGUGGAAAAAAUCUCAAUGGUUAUCACGAAUGUGCACACCAAGGAAGUGCUCGAGUGUUGGGACUUCAAGGUGCAAAAUGAACCGGGCGAUGGGCCCAAGAUCGAUCCGAAAAAUCCGACCUCGUCGAAGGAGCUGAAGAAGAUUCAGGCGGAAAUUAGGGAUGUAAUGCGACAGAUUGCGGCCACGAUUAGCUAUCUUCCGCUGAUUGAGUACAUUUGCACCUUCGAUGUGCUGAUACACACGAUGAAGCACGCCGACGUGCCGGAAAAAUGGAACGAAACCGGUGAUGUGCAGAUUCAGAAUGCGCAAACGGUGCAGCUUAAGUCGUUUUCGACCGGGUUGCAUAAGUUGGACACUAUUGUGAACUAUAAAAUGACGGAUUAGUGGAAAUUUUGUGUUAGGAACUUUUUUAAAUGUUGUACUGUUUGCUAUUCUGUUGGCAAAACGGGCUAAGAUAAGCGUUUAUUAGGAAUAUACUGUGAACAUGAUUGCACUCAAUAAAUUAAAUAAGUUUUAUGAUAUAAAA